CCUGUCCCAGUUUCUUAUUAUAAGUAGUAAUAAUUUAUGUCACCGUGUUAUUCUCGUCGAUUCCUCGAAACUGUGUCAACAGUGACAAAUAUUAUUUUAAUAAAAUAAAUAAAAAGAGGAUAAAACCCAACCGCUCUGAGCGAUAUUUCAAAGUCUUCGCACGAAUGCAAACAUUUCUCUUUCUUUCAAUUCCACUGCAAUGGCGAAAACAGAGAAGAGAGUCCGAGAAGGACUCGGAUCUUCUUCGUAUUUCCUCGGCUGUUUCGGAUUCUCCCGGAAAAUAUACUCCGACAAGCCGAUGGUUACGAAGGGAGACGGUGGUGAGAAGAAGAAGAUGAAGAAGAAGCGAAUCCCUCGGUGGUUUUUGUGUUCCAAGUUCCGCCUGAAGAACAGCGAGAUCAAACCGUCGCCGAUCGAGGAAACAGAGAAACCUACUUCGAGAGUAGAAGAUGAAACUGAUGAUAAGCAGAAACCCCUCUCCGUGAUACGUCGUAUAACUGAUCGUAAAAAUAUUCCGGUUGAUGAUAAAGCCAUGAAUCAGGAAACAAAAGAGACAAAACCAAAGGACUUACGAGACAUAACCCCUGACCGAUCAAAACCCAUCGAACCGUUAGGUUCCUUCAAAGAAGACACGUGUACAGAGCGGAUAUCUUCUAUUUCAUCCCGUUACGGGAAACCCGACUUGAAACCAACUCGGUCGAGAAACGGGUCAAGGGUCAAACCUUUUGACCCGGUAAUUGGGAUAUCGAUCAUUAUAUUGACGUUGAUGAUUAUGUUAGUGUGGGGUCGACUCUGUGCGAUCCUCUGUACAUCCGCUUGGUGUUACGUCCUACCUCGUGUCAGAGACGCAGCCGCGUUGGCCAAACGCAAACGCAACGGUUCUGCUUCUGUGCCGGAUUUGAAUUCGGAGUCGUAUAAAAGAAAAGUCGUUUUGGACGGGUUUCUUGGACGGCAAAAUCGCGUUUCGUUGUCAUGACGAUCUUUUUUUCUUUUGUUUUCUAUAUUAUAAUGGUUUGGUCAUAUUUUUUUGUUUAUUUUUAAGCAGGGAUAAACAGUGUUUCCGUUUAAUAACGAUGAUCGAUCGAUUAUGAAUGGAUGCACUACAGUAUAAUUUAUAAUUGUGUUUUCUUUAAGCAGCCUAUUGUUGUAAACUUGGAAUUUUCUUGGUUUUACCAAGUUUGGAUUGGUUUGUUUGGGAUAUGUAUAUUCAGUGAUGUCACGUGUAUACAUCAAGGAACACGUGCAUGAGUUUCUCUUUCUGGGUCCAUUUCUUUUGUUAUAAAUAUUUGUCUCCAUGUAAGAAUGUAGAACUAGUCGAUAAAGUUUAGGAAUUUGGAAUUCCAAUAGAAGUCGAAAGAUCAACUUCGGACAAGAAUAGUUGAAGACUUUGAAUUAGAGCCGUGUUUGUUACUUUGGUUUAUUGUAAUGGAAUACUUAGGAAAAGUCAAAAACACUUUUAUCUUCAUUCCUUUUUAUAGUAAUGGUCAGGUAAUACAAUACAAUUAUACAAAUGCAAACGAA